AUGAAUAAUAACAAUAAGAAACCCCAGUCUUAGAAAGAUGUCAGAGCAAAAGUUGAUUCUGGUUUGAAUCGCAAAAAUGAUAUCCAACAAAAAAGGGUUCAAUCUGCAAUCUAAGCUGUAUAUUAUAAUAAUAUUCAGGGUGAUAAAUAAGUUGAUUUGAAUGGAACAUUGUCAGAACAAUUAAAUAAUAUAGUGCAAGAUUAUCUGGUGAGAAGCAGUUGUUUCAAAACGCUGGAGUAAUUUAAGGUAGAAUCUCAAUUUGCAACAGAACAAAGCAAUGAGACAGAAUACAUAAUCUUAAGUCACUUUGACAGAGGAGAGAGAGAUAAGUUUCUGGAAUCAUGGAGUCGAUACAUUCCGAAUCAAUAGAGACAAUAUCAAGACUUUUGGAAGCUCGAGUUUUAUAUUCAAAUUUAUUUUCUUAUCUACCCUAUUCAUCCUGUGUUUAUGAAGAAAGGAGUGAUAGACAAGAAUUCAAUUAAUCAAUUUAAACAAUAUCUCGAUAGCAAAGGAGGAGACUUGUCAAAGACUAACGAAGUCUUGCCCUUUUAUGCAUUGCCAUAUGUCAAAAACCCUGAAUUGCAUCAAACAUUCUAGCAUCUUUUCACUCACGAAUGGAUUGCUGAUUUGAGGUAAAGACUAAAGGAGUUCCUCCAAUCAAUUUUUGGCUAUGAAUAAACUGGUAGUCUAUUAAAAAGAUUGUUUCUGUCCAAGGAAGGAUCUUCAAAUGGCCAAUAACAAGAGUUCCAGAAAAAGAUGACCGACAAUAUCAGAUCAUUGCAAUAAGAAAAUAAUGAAUUGAGAAAAAAGAAUAAUUAAUAAGCCUAAGCAUUACAAGAUAUAAAUUAAACAGCAUAAUAAAAUCUAUUUGAGGCUUAGAGAAAAUGGUUUCAAUUCACAGGAGAUAUGUUGAAAAUGGAGAAGGAAAUGAUCAAAUAUAUUGAAACUAACAAGAAAAAUCCAGAUUAAUUGUAACAAUUUAAAAAGAAAAUUGGGUAAUGUGAUCAAUUCUUAAGUCAGAAUUUAGAUGAACUAAUGAAUAAAUCAUAGGAUAUCUCUCUAUUUGAUAAGGUCACUUAACCUGAUCAUGAUCUCUCAGAUUUAACUAAUUAAUAAUGUAUUUUUAAAUUUAAAGAAUAGAAAUGAUGCCUAUUCAAUAAUCAAUUGAAGAGUAUAUUCCCUUAAAUUAUGAAAAGGUUAUUUAAUUAUUUACCAAGAAUAGUAAUCCAGUGUUAGUUGCAACAGUUCUCUAGGCUUUACGAUGGAGAAUAACAAGAGCAAGAAGUGCUUUAGAAAGAAGGUCAGUAGUUGUUGCAUAUUAAACUCAUGAUCUAAUUGGAGCUCAUCAGAGAAAUAUUGCCUUGGCAUAAUAUUUGAUAAUGAAAUCUGGAUAAAUAAUAUAAUGCUAGGCUUUGAAAUUGAUGAAUGCUUUGGCAUCUGAUUAUGAUGGAAGAACUUACUUGACCAGCAAUCCAUAGUUAAUUAAGCUUUUGAUUGAAUCAAUAAAAAAGGAUUAAACUGAUUCAAUCAAGAGAAAGAAUGCAAUUGGAACUUUAUAAAAGUUGUCACUCAGAAAGUAAUGUCAAAUUUGGAUGCUUGAUAAUGACAUUAUUUAAGUUGCCUUGAACAUUCUUAAAAGAGUAUUAAAUCAUAAUUUAAUUAUAGGAAAAAUUUAAUUUGAGUGAAUACACUUACGAAUAUAUCACUGCUUUGAUAAUGAAUUUGUCAUUGAGUUCAAGAGGCCGAGAUUCCUUAUCAAUUAACAAAGAAUUGGCAUUUGAAGUGCUAUUUGAAUUAAUUGAAUAUCCUAAUGAUCAGAUCAGAACUUUCACCAAUGGAACAUUCUACUCUAUGUUUAGUAGAAGAGAUCUAAGAGAAUAUGCUUAUGAAUUAAAUAUACCAUAAGAGUUACCUAAAUUACUGUCAAUUAGUGAUGAUAGAUUCAAGAAACAAAUACAAUACAUGAUAGAAUAGUUGGAAAGCAAUGAUGAUGAUUACGAUCAAUCGUAAUUGGAGGAAGAUAAUGAUGUUGAUGAUUUAGAAGAUGAUGAAGAAUGUCCAGUUGAUGAUGACGAUGAGGAUGACUUAUAGAACAAUGAUAUGAUUGUAGGUGAAGAAUUAUUAAGAAAUGAAUUUGCUUUGGAUAAUGAAUAAGCAGAACAGCAAAGAUAGUUGAUGGAAUCAAUAAUGCAGAAAGAAUCAUAAUAGAGAAGCGCUUAUUAGGAAUAAUUAAGAGAGUCCUAAUUGGACAAAAUGCCUAUUGGACGUAAUUAGCACAUAUUAUUAUUAGAAGGACCAUUCAUGGCUGACAGUCUACUCCAAAAUGUGAAUAUCAAAAAUAAAGUUACAAAUGGCAAUCCAAAAAAUCCACAGUAAUCAGCUUAAGCAUUUGCAUCCAGACCAAAGCUUUCAAGUACUCCUCCCAUUUAAUAAAAUUAUUGA